AAAUAAAUAAAUCUUGCUUCCUAAGCAAACUGUGCUAUAAAAAUUGCAUCGAUCAAAGCAGUAUCAAAUUCAGAACAGAAUUCAAGAAUAAGUCUAAUCGCCAUGGCUGAAGAAGUGAAGCUGUUUGGAGCACGGCGAAGCCCUUUUAGCCACAGAAUAGAGAUUGCUCUCAAACUCAAAGGCGUUUCCUAUGAAUUCAUAGAAGAGGAUCUCCAAAACAAGAGUCCCCUGCUUCUCAAAUACAAUCCCGUCCACAAGAAAAUUCCGGUGCUCCUCCACAAUGGAAAACCAAUCGCAGAGUCAAUCGUUAUUCUUGAAUACAUCGAGGAAACUUGGAAAACAAAUCCCAUCUUGCCGGCAGACCCUUAUGAGCGAGCCAUUGCUCGUUUCUGGGCUAAGUUCUUGGACGAUAAGUGUAUACCUGCAGCUUGGAAUGCUUGCUGGGCCAAAGAGAAGGAGAGAGAGAAAACCAUGGAAGAAGCUUCUGAAUGUUUGAAAACACUUGAAGGCGAGCUCAAGGACAAGAAAUUCUUCGGAGGAGAUAAGGUGGGGAUGGUGGAUAUUGUUGCCAACUUUAUCGCCUUCUGGCUUAGCGCCCUUCAAGAAGCCGUUGGGGCUGACCUGCUCACACCAGAGAAAUUUCCUGUUUUAUUUAAAUGGAGUGAGGAGUUGGUGGGGUGUCCCAUCAUCAAGGAAAAUCUUCCCCCAAGAGAUCAACUAAUGGCCUUUUUCAGGGCUCGCCUAGAAAGUUCCAAAUAAUACAGUAUUCCUCCUAAUUUACCAUACUACUAGCUUUCGUUGCAACAUGCUCUAUCUUACGUAUCUUAUGUCGGUACCGUCUUGUGUGGUUCUGUGUGUCUGUAAGUUUCUCAAUUUCCCCUAAAUGUUGUAAGAAUGUGAUCGCUCUAUGUUUGUGCUUUGAAAUAAAAACCCUUUUAAAAU